UCGGAAAAAGAGACAAAAGCUAGGGAUAAACAUGAAUGCACCAAUUAAAUAUAGAUUGCUGAGGAUGAAUGCAAAAGGUAAGGUGCUGCUGAAAGAUCUUGAUAUUUGCUGCUACAGAAUGGAAAGUGAUACGAACUCCUCCUUGGUUUGCAUCAGAAAGAGUUGGUGAGAGACGUGUGAAGGAAAAAGGGAAGAAGGACGUUCUUUCAACACUCUUCGCUUUAAAUAUUUCAAAUCUAUGAGCAUACAAAUAUUGUGACAUUCAUCUCCUCGAGUCUUGAAGGAGAUUUCUCUAGUCCUGAACAUAAGGAAGGCACAGGAAACUCUCAUCUUUUAGGAAAGAAAGGUAAGGUUCCAAAGUCCCAAGCCAUAGUUGAGAAAAGGGGAGUUUUUGGCUUCGCAGUCCCUUUCAAGAGCAGCUUCCCAGAAGCUUCAAUGCAAGAGAAUUGUUCAAACAAGGGUUGAUAUAUGUAUUCUAGGAAAGAAUAAACAGAGCUACAGCUAAUAUUAUAGGUUAUAAUAUUAACUAAUAAGAAUGUCUUUGCACUGUUAGGCUCAACUGAGACAUAAGGUCUAUGAGUAUGAAUGAGGGAGAUAUGCUGUUCCUGGUCUGGCAUAUAUAUUUUGAUUAAUCUUAUAAUAUUUAAUUUCAAUGUCAUUGUCCGUGACUAAUCGCUUGUUCUUAUGACCUUGUCUGUAUGGAAGCUGAUGUCUCGAGCAUCUCUACACGGCAUAUACUCUCUCCUGUAUCCCUCUCUCCUCAACAUUGUUUACACCGAAUCACAAGCAUUUGUUUUAUGGUUUCUUCUGUACUUGGACAAAGAUUCGAGUCAUGUCUAAUUGACCCCAUUUUAACAUUAUUUAGCCAAGAAUGGCUGAUGAGCUCAUACAUUAUAGCAAGCAAUUGGCAGCAAAAAUUCAUAUAGUUUCAAAAGAAUCUUUUGCUUUUAUUCUUUUCUAUCGUAUAUACCUCAGUAGGAUGAGUACUUCUUAUAUAUUAUUCAAAAAGGUUUUGUAUUGGAUGUGAGAUAACCAACAAUACCUUGACAGAUGAGAUUCUCUAAGACUCAAACUAUUUGAUGCCAAAAGUUUUUUGCUUUGUUAUUUGUUCUUUGCAUAAAUGCUAAAUUUAUACAUGUAACCUUUAUACUAAAGAUAAUACCGAAAGGUAUAGGUAUAAGAAUAAUGAACAGCAUAUGUAUAGGUAUAACCAUCUCUCCUUUAUGGCUUACCCAUUUUUCAUUUUUAUGUAAAAUGACUAACCAACAUGUCAAUGACAUAUCAUGUCUCCGUUGAAUUAUGUAAAAUCAAUGCAAAUUACAUAUGAGCUUGUAAAGUCAUUCUCUACAGUUAUUUAACAUGCAUUUUUUUUUUAUCUAUGGAAACAUUUUUUUCUUAUUUCUUUCCUUUUUCUUAUCUUUCUUUAUAUUUCUACGUUUACUCUUUUUAUUGAUAUAAUAUGAAAAAGUUAUAACAUUUGUGUUCUCCCAUGAUGCAGGUGGAACCAGAUCACAGAUUACCAGGGAACUCGAUGAGGGUCAAAUUCUGAGAAAAUUUCGUACUUACGUUUUCCAGCUAUCGGAAGUAACUCUGCCCUUAAAGGCAUUACCAAUAAAUGGGUCCAUUGCUCCAAGCCAAACGCUCUCAAGGGUCAUUUUCCCUCCAAAUUUAAUAUUUCAGAGCUUGUGAUUUCAUCUCCAAUCAAAUAUAUAUUGAGUUUUCUUCUCAAAGUCAUAGUUUCAUUUAAAAUUUUGAGUCGGUAGGUAUUCUAGCCAAACCAAAGGUUUAAUAUGAUACUUAAACUCAACCAGAGAUAAUCUAAAUACUAAACCAUGGUUAUAGCAACAAAAACUAGUUCUAAUGGUUCUUGGUAUCUUGUUUCAAAGCAUUGCUGCUGUCAUUGUGGACGUGACAAUCAUUAGUUCUAAUAAUUUCUUUAGUACCCCACCUUUCAGAUCCACAUCUGCAAUAACCAAAGUUUUGGCGAGUUUGGCUUGGCUUUCUCUUUACAGCUGACUAUGUUUGUUCCUCCAGAUCCUCUCUUUCUCUCUUUCCAGUUGUUUCUUUUAGUUUAUCUAGUAUACCAAUCUAUAUCAACAAGAUGUUUUGAUCAGUUCGGCUUGUUUUUCUCUAUUUCCUCUUCUUCUCUCUUCUGUCCUCUCUUCCAUAUCUUCUAUUCUUUCCUAAAUCUUUCAGCCUAAACCCAUUCUGCAGCAAGAGUCUUUUUUUCUUUUUUCUUUUUUUUUUUAUUCUUUUUUUUUUUUUUCUCAAGAGAAUUUGUAAAUACAUACCUCUCUUUCUUGUCUUGAUUUCUUGAAUUUGUAGAUACAUACCUCUUUUUCUUUCACAGAUCUUCCCAAAACUUGCAUAUUUAGCCAAUAAAAAGUUCUUCUAUGUUUCAAUAGUGGCAGAGGAUACAUCCUAUGGGAAGGAACACUGAAGAACAGAUUGUUUCACAUGCAGGAUCUAAGGCAAUGAAGGAAGGUGAUAAAGAAAAAUCCCUCUUUGCUUCUACGCACAAACCACCUGCAUCAAAUGGCAGACCAAGCAGUAUGGUUGUUAAGAAAGCACGUACUGUGAUACCUGCUCAUAUUGUAGCCGAAGCCAUAUCAACACUUCAUGGUCUUGACCUCAGAUGGUCAGGUCCGAUCACACCAACAGAAAUGCGGUAUGUUGAGCAGUAUGUCUUAGCAAAGUAUCCGGAGUACGCCAGGCUAGUGGAAGGAGAAAAGAGAGAUCUCUCUGGUCUUUGCAUCAAUGAGGAGCCUUCAGAUCCCACGUUUGAUGAUAGGCGGAAGCUCUCUAGGGGUAGUUUAAGAGAUCCUUCCACCCCUACUUUUGGAAGCAGUCAACCUGAUUUGGAUAGGACCCAGUUGGAGCCAUCAAGAUUGGUUGAUAUUCUCACCAAAAAAUCCACGUUUCCUGGAAGUUUUAUCUCGAUCCCUGAAAUCCAAGCUCGAAACAAGGUUUUGAAGCACUGUGGAUUAUCCGAUGAUGACUAUCUUGUGCUCUUCACUCCCAGCUACCAGGAUGCCAUGAAGUUGGUUGGGGAAAGCUACCCUUUCUUCAAGGGAAACCUUUACAUGACAGCUAUAGGGGAAGAAGAAGAAGAAGAAGACUGCAUACGGGAGUUUGCAAUUUUCAAGGAGUCCAAAGUGAUAUCAGCACCUAAGGAUUGGCUGGAUUUGAGGAUCAAGGGAUCACAGCUUAGCCAGUAUUUUAGGAGGAAGUGUAAGCACAGCCCAAAAGGACUAUUCGCUUAUCCUGCCGAUAUUAAUGGGACUCGUUAUUGAAUGCAUUGGGUUUCAGAAGCCCACAGGUACUACUGGCAUGUUCUGCUUGAUGCUACCGCACUGGUUGUAGGGGAGGAUAGGUUGAAUCUCGCACUCCACCAGCCAGACUAUGUAUUGUGUAGUCUUGACAAUACACAUGCUAAUCCUACAAGGAUCACUUGCCCCUUGGUCAGAAGGAAAUCCUUUGACACCACAACAGCUUCAUCUCAGGCAAAUUAGUGAGAAGGAUAGGAAGUUCUUAAUCUGAUGCUAACACGGCUUUGGAUCAGAGCGACUGAGUUAACGAGGUUUGAUUGACAUUGUAUUGUAGGAUAUGUUUCAACUGGUGUAGCAAUAUCAUUACAUUUUAGCAACUUGGACAUUUACAUUUAUACUGUUUUUCAAGAAAUACCAGAUAAGUCGUUAGCUGAUUAUGAUA